GGGGGGGAGAGAGAGAGAUGGGUUCAAGCCCGACAGCGGUGAGUUGAGCAGCCGCAGCCUGCAGCUGAUGCCGCUUCACUGUAGAUAACCAGAGAAUCUGCGGAGAUUUGGUCGAGCAUUAAGUGGACACAUACUGAGCCUCCUUUUGUCGGGACAGUGGGGGAGAAACGAAACAUAACGGGGAGGCUCCAUGUCUUUACAAGAACUCCCGGGCUCGUUUGGAGUCAUGUUCCCUGCGUUCUCUCUGCCCAUGAAAGCGGAGCGCAGUAGAAAUAAGGAGCGGCUGGAGGCCAGUCUGGCCGGCCUGUGUGAGCUGGAGCUGCUGAAGCAGAGGCAGGAAUGCAGGGUGCUGAGCGCUCUCUGCCUCGGGGACGUUCCUCUCUCUGGGCGUCCGCCUUGGGGAGCGCUACGAUCGGCCCGCUGCGCGCUGGACGCACCGAGCAGCAACGCAUCGGAUGAAAAUGGCUUCAGGCUCCAGAAUAGCAGUCUCCAGGCUUCUUCUCCCACGGGUGUUAGGUCAUCUUUGGAACAGCAGGUGGCGGAGCUGAAGGUGAACACUGAGGUCAGAUCAACAGAACCGCCCACGGAUCUGGAGAGCAAGAGAUUCAGCUCAGGAGAGGUCCUUGUGAGCUGCCAACAUCGAUCUCCUGAACCAAACUACCUGCGUUCCCUCUCCGCCACUGUGGGGACAGGGGAGACAGAGAUAAGAGAAUCGUGGCAAUCGGACACAACGAGACAAGCUAUGGUUACCGAUGCCUUUGGGGAGGUGAGGGACGUGGAGCUCGGUCAAGAAUAUCAACAACAAACUCAAAAAGUAGAGACUUAUCUGUUCGGAUUGAUCCAACGCCGAGCUUUACCGCCACGCCCCACCAAGCCCCGCACCAGCCUGGCUCACGAUGCCCGAGCUGUCACUGUGGCGAGACAGAGUAGUUUAUGCCGCAAGGAGGACCAACAUUCACCACCAAAGCAGGUGUCCACUCAGCUGAGCUCCUCUCCACCCGUGUGUCCAGACAGGACUGCUCCACAGGCUUGCCACAAACCAGAUCAGGAGCGUUAUCUGGGGAUAGAGUUUAACGAAGAUCCUCCACCCCCGUACCACCACAUUCAAAGUGUCCAUCAUCAGACAGGGUUUUAUCACAAGCCCAGACAGGCCUCGGGGGUUAGCACCUCCCGUUCAGCCUCCCCAGACUAUCCAUCCUGUGGUGUGCAACAAACCCAGCAAGACUCCAGCAAUAGUGAGAAUGAUUCACCACAACAUUUCCACAACUACCAUCCCCACCCAGCUCAGUCAAAGCCUCAGCAUCCCACCGCUCCUCAUGAACAGCUGGUAAACGCGGAAUAUAUUCCAGCCCAGCCUUGCCAUGCCUCCACCAGAGCUUAUGCCCACCAACACUCCAACCCCCACAAGGGAUCUGGCGCGCCCAAACCCAACAGAAGUGCGUUUCCGCCAGAAAGAGGCAAUAAUCACGAAGAGCAGCAGCCAACCGCGCCUCAGAUCCAACCCUCCAGAUGCCGAGGGGGUCCAAAGAAGUGUCGUAUGAAUGAAGAGAGGAGUAGUGCCAGUAGGAAGCCGGGGAAGAAGGCAUGUCGCUCUCAGUCAGAAAACAGUCUGCAAAGGGUUCCAGAGCGCAAGUACAACACAGUCGAGAGAGAUGGUGGAGGAAGUGGAAGCGGAGGGAGGGGAAGCCGCAGUAGUCAGUCCAAGAGCAAGAAACAACAGCCGGGGAGUGGUAGCUACCGGCGCUGGCAGUCCUCCCUCGAGCUGAGCCAAGAUGAAGCUGAGCAGCAACCCACGCAGGCACCUGUUCAAGGCUCCUCAGCUUCAAACCAAAGGGACCAAAGGCGCACGCGGAAAUCCCGUUCCACGCAGCCGUCGUACGCUUACCCGCACCGCAGCCAAAAUCACCACCAUCACCACUCUCACCAUCAUCAGCAUAUGGAGUACCACUUAGAGAGGGAUCAAGUGCCACUGUGUAAGCCCAGUGUAGACUACCAUCAUCAAGGCCAGGGCGAGUCCGAGUCGAGCAUGAGCGAGGCUGACUCUCCAGAUUCCAGCUCCACGUCCAGUGACUCAGAUGAGAGCGGCGGUCUGGUCUGGCCCCAACAACUGCCCCCUCAACUGUCCCUCCCAUCACCUCCUGCUCCACCUGGAGCUCCUCUUCAGCCCAAAGCUUUUGUCAAGAUUAAGGCCUCGCACGCCCUUAAGAAGAAGAUCCUACGCUUCCGCACCGGAUCGCUGAAAGUUAUGACCACUGUAUAAAGUGGAAUAAUGGCCAAAUUGAAGAAACAAACUGUGAAUAUGAAACAAACAAAUAAGAUGUUGACACGGCAGUGCUAUGGUGGCAUAUCAGCACAUUGUUAUAACAAUAUCAGCCAUCAAAGAUUUGUAGUCAAACUGUUCUAUCUUUUAGAUAAGUUAAGUUUAAUCGUUUAAGUUAAUCUUCUGCGUUGCUAAAAGGUUAGCCCGCUCUAAUUUGCUCACAUUGACUCCAAAAUAUCUAUUCACAUGCUGCAAUUAGAUAAUCAGAUUGCUAACAAGACUGACAGCUCACGGACAAUCGUUCCUAGUCGGCAAAUGAUUGGCAGUUGCAAAGUGUGAACUAUUCAAGGUCACGACGUGAAAAUGCGCCAAAGAUCACAGACAGUGAUACGACGGUUAGAAGUUCAGUGGUUCAGUGGUCUGUGUUUUGCGCUUCUUGUGUCAUAAAGUGCUAACGUGUCGCCUUCAUCUCCAGUUACACUACAUGUUUCAAAGUAUUAGCCGAGGAUAAAAGCAGGAUUGUCACACCAGAGAGCUUAAGAGCGCUCCGCUGUUUAAAAUUAGCCGCCGAAAACAUAACAAAGUGAAACCAUUUGUUAUUACAGCUGACAACAUCAGAGCACGGACACACUGUGACGGCAGUGAGGGAAUGUUAUAAAGCGUUAUAAAGCCUUGCCAAAAACUUUACGUGGGAGUUGGGUGACAGGAUGUGAGAGCCGUGGAGAUGGACAAAGAGAAUAUUGGACAGUUGGAGAUGUUCACCUCAACGGUAAAGCAACUGCCAUGAAGUUUCCUUGCCAAACCAUGUGAAUAGAGUGGUAAAAUCUAAGAAAGUAAACAUUUUUGCUAAAGGUCUUGACAUGUUGAGGAUAUGGACAACAGAGUUCACCUCGUAGUUUUGCUUAAUAGUCUUAUUUUAGUUAUUUAUUUUAAAUUUUGCUGAUUUUGCUUUUCAACGUUGUGUUAAGCAGAAUCAAUUCUGAGGUUGUCACACACAACAGAACGUGUUAUUAACCAUGCAGCCACUAAAACUCGCCAACAGUAUUCUUAUAGAGUUGAAGCAGACUCAAGCUUCAAGCUUUGAUAGAGCUUUCACAGCAGCCCAGUGAACUAUAUUAACCUGGUAAACAGACCAGCACACACACACACACACACACUCAAAGUGUUUAUGAUUUCCAUAAGACAGAAAUGCAAUAUAUGCAAACGACGAUAGAGGCUGGAUAAAGUGAAGACUGGGGAGACUUGUUUUUGCCCCAUUCAAUAACAACCCUGGGCGGUGAUCCUCAGCUCUGAACUCAGCUCUAGAAAAAAAAAAAAAUCAAUCCACGUUUUCUUCAUCACAACAUUCCAAUGAAAGGGAAGGUGUGUUUGUUUUGGGGGAAAAAAGGCUGGCGAGCAUCUAAAAUAGGUGUUGCCAAAGAGCUGCACAACACCUGAUGCUAAAUCUGAGGAUGGCGGUGUUAGCUUAGAGGUUUUGGUGAGUGUGGCCGCAGUCGCACCCUUAGACAGUUUCAAGGUCUAUAUCUCUGCCAUUCACUGCGCUGCGUUUCUAUUUUGCAAAGCGCACGGUCUGAAUUCUGCAAACUUUCCAAACUUUCACAAGUUGAACUCUAAAACUCGCAAUUUCUACAUGGAAAAUUGUGUCAGGACAUCCAAAAUGUCAGAGCGCGAAGAAAUUCGAAGGCGGUGAAUACGACGCAGGUGUGUUCAAAUGAGCUGUAACUCUGUUUGAACGCAGGGUCCAGUGGUUGUGAUGGUACAGCUGAGGCUCAGUAACGACACACAAAGACGGCGUGUGUGACAUCACUGAUAUCUCUACUUAAGUACUAUAUAAGGUAUUAAAUACAGUAAUAUUUGUUUUUUCUG